AUAUCGAUUCGCUGUGUAACACUCCUAGAUGCAGAGAAGCUAAACAAAAGUUAAUGUGGCACAGCUUUUCUCGUUUUGCAUGCGAAUUUCAAGGUGCGAACACGAAAUCCGUCCAUAUUGCGUCUUCCCGCGUUCAAAAAGCCGGUCACCCUCUAACUCCUCCAUCGUACGGUCGUCACCGCUAUAACCGGUCUCCACUCGCAUCUUCACGCGCCACCACCAUCACGGACCGCUUUUUUUUUAAAUGGAGCAGCCAAACGGUGUAGCGACAGAGACGGAUCAGAAAAAUAUUUCGGGUCAGGAUUCGGAUCGAAUUCCGAAACCGGAUCCGCGACCCGAUUUAGAGCAAAUUCAACUACAGGACAAUACUGCCGCUAUCGAUGAGAAACAAAAUGGCGAAUCGGCGAACGGUUUGAAUAAGUCGAAGAAAUCGGUGAGCUGGAGCGAGGAAUUGGUGAUGGAAUCGCCGACGCCAAGAUCUAUGCCUUCCGAUGACCGUGGAUCGAAUCCUUAUGUGGCUUAUUCUCCUGCUCCGUCCGACAAUUCAUCUUCCUUCAAUAUAAAAAAUACAAUGGAGAGUGUCAAAGGUGUGCUCGGUAGAUGGGGGAAGAAGGUUGGUGAAGCAACUAAGAAAGCUGAGGAUCUUGCUGGCAAUACAUGGCAACAUUUGAAAACGGGCCCUAGUCUUGCUGAUGCUGCCUUGGGAAGAAUUGCUCAGGGAACAAAGGUUUUAGCAGAAGGUGGUUAUGAUAAGAUAUUUCGCCAAACAUUUGAGACUGUUCCCGAGGAGCAACUUCAGAAUUCAUUUGCAUGUUACUUAUCCACAUCAGCUGGUCCGGUUAUGGGAGUAUUAUAUGUCUCCACAGCUAAGCUUGCAUUUUGUAGUGAUAACCCUCUCUCCUAUAAAGCAGAAGACAAGACUGAAUGGAGCUAUUACAAGGUAGUUAUCCCAUUGCACCAGCUUAAGGCAAUUAAUCCUUCAUCAAGCAGGACCAAUCCAUCCGAAAGAUAUGUUCAGACUAUAUCUGUCGAUAACCAUGAAUUUUGGUUUAUGGGAUUUCUAAAUUACACUGGUGCAGUGAAUUGCCUGCAGGAGGCAUUACAAGCACGCAACUUAGUGUGAGUCUGUUCUUGAUCUUAAAUUUGGUUAUCUGAGAGGGCAUAAUUCAUUAUAUGGAGUGAUCACUGUUGAAAAUUCUGAAGAUAAAUAUUAGAAAGAAACAGAAGUACUUGUCUGCCUAAAUGAAAUUUUCUGAUAUCCUUGGAAGUGAACUCAGAUUUCAUGGUAUUCACUUGUGGAUUAUCUCUUUUGGCAGAUACAAGGUUAAAAUGAACUGCUUCCCUCUCUAGUCUCUGUUGUAUUGUAUGCGAAUAUUUAUGAACAUAAUUAGCAGUUUUAACAUGCCUAACAAUGUGAGGCACUUAUAAUAGCUCCUACACAUUUUUUCCUGUGCUA